UGGGUCACGUGACAAACCCGGAAGAGCCCAUGAUACAACAACAGAAUUCCACCAGCCUGUGCGCACAGAUGCCUCCAUGGCGCAGGUUGUGACUCCUUUAAGCUGGGGUUUGUUGUGGCUGUUUUUGGGAGUUCCAUCGGCUCUUUCUUCAGCAGUGGAGCAGCGACUGGAGCUGAGUCUGAACGGCAAAUGGAGGCUGUCAAACUCCAACGGGUCGCUGCUUCUGCCUGCAGAGGUACCUGGCUGUGUUCACUCCGCCCUGCAGCAGCAGCGAUACAUCCAGGAUCCAUAUUUCAGGUUUAACGAUUUGUUGUACCGGUGGAUUGCCCUUGACAACUGGACAUAUACGACCACAUUUACUGGAUCUCCCCAGAUUAGGAUCAAACACAAGGUGCUUCUUAUCUUUGAUGGCGUGGACACCGUUGCAUCCAUCUCUCUUAAUGGGAUUAUUCUCGGGAAGACGGAUAACAUGUUUCGCAGAUAUGAUUUCUCAGUCAGAGAUCUGCUGAAUGAUGGUGAAAACGUGCUGGAAGUCAGUUUCUUUUCACCGGUCCUCUAUGCCUCGAAGCGGUGGAAAGCUCAUUCUUCCUACACUGUCCCUCCGGAAUGUCCACCAGAUGUCCAGAAAGGGGAAUGUCAUGUCAAUUUUAUUCGAAAAGAGCAGAGCUCUUUCAGUUGGGACUGGGGACCUUCCUUUCCUACUGUGGGUCUUUGGAAAGGAGUUCGACUGGAAGCGUUUGACAUCCUGCAGUUUAUCCAGCUUUCCUCUCUUCCUCUGUACAAUCACAGCUGCUCUCAGUGGAGGCUGCAGGCUGAGCUUCUCGUUGACGUAGUUCAGACAUUCGACGGUAAAGUGGAGCUCUCUAUACCUGAGCUGGACUCCAAACAAACUUUUCAGAUGCGGUUUCUCCAGGGAAGGUUAAAUUACAACUUCACCUUAAACAUCAAUCAGAGCAGAGAGGUGAAGCUCUGGUGGCCCAGUGGACAUGGCGAUCAGCCCUUCUACCUUCUCACGGUCAGGGGAUUCCUGGGGAGGUUUUUGAUCCUGAGCAAAGAAUCCAAGGUGUUUUUUCGCACUGUGGAACUUGUCCAGGAGCCAGUUGUUGGGUCUCCGGGCUUGAGCUUUUAUUUCCGUGUCAAUGGCAGACAAGUUUUUCUCAAAGGGUCCAAUUGGAUUCCAGCUCACUCCUUCCAGGACCAAGUAACACCAGCGAGCUUAAGAAACUUGCUGCGCUCCACUGCUGACGCCAACAUGAACGCCCUCAGGGUCUGGGGAGGAGGAGUGUAUGAACAGGACUUGUUCUAUGACAUCUGUGAUGAACUGGGGAUCAUGGUUUGGCAGGACUUUAUGUUCGCCUGUGCCAUGUACCCCACUGAGGACGACUUUAUUCAGACAGUGAGAGAAGAAGUCGCCCAGCAGGUCCAGCGCCUGAAGUCGCACCCGUCUAUAAUCAUUUGGAGUGGGAACAAUGAAAAUGAAGCUGCCUUGGCAGCAAACUGGUUCAGCAUCCCAGCUUCCCUGAAGCCGAUGUACAUAAAAGAUUAUGUGACCCUUUAUGUGAAUAACAUAAGGCAGAUUGUGCAGGAGGAGGACCCGAGUCGUCCGUUUCUUGUCUCCAGUCCGACCAACGGCGCUGAAUCCGAGCAGGAAGGCUGGGUGGCAGAAAACCCGUACGACCCUCACUACGGAGAUGUUCAUUUCUACAGUUACGUCCUGGACUGCUGGGACUGGAAAACUUUCCCCCGGACACGUUUUGCCUCUGAAUAUGGCUUCCAGUCCUGGCCGUCUUUCUCCACUUUGCAGUCGGUUUCUGUCCAAGAGGACUGGAGCUACAGCAGUGAUUUCACUUCCCAUCGUCAGCAUCACGAAGACGGAAACCAGCAGAUGUUGCAGCAGGCUGCUCUUCACUUUGUCCUGCCAAACUCUACAGAUCCGCUGAAGAGAUUUACAGAUUCUCUGUACAUCACUCAGAUCAUGCAGGCCGAGUGUGUGAAGACUCAGACCGAGUUUUAUCGGAGAAGCCAAAGUGAGGUCAUUGAGGGCAAAGGUCACACCAUGGGCGCUCUCUACUGGCAGCUCAACGAUAUCUGGCAGGCCCCCUCGUGGUCAUCAAUUGAGUUUGGUGGGAAGUGGAAAAUGUUGCACUAUUUUGCUCAGAACUUCUUUGCCCCCGUCCUUCCUGUUGCGUUUGAAGACGACGACACGCUGUUCGUGUACGCCGUCUCAGAUCUGAAUCGUGGCCUGAAGCUCAGAGCUGUGGUCAUUGUGCACUCUUGGUCCGACCUGGAUUCUGUUUGCACGUUGACAUCAAACCUGCUGCUGGUGUCUGGAGGCAGUGCUGUGGCCAUUUUCAAACAGUCUGUAGCCGCCCUGCUGGCAGGGUGUGGUCGCUGCACCCGCCUCACCUGCCUGCUCACCUUCCACCUACAAAAUGAAGAUGGCAUCCAGGAGGGUCCAAACAACCACCAUUUCCUCUGCUCACCUAAAGACGCUCAGGGGCUCCAGAGACCAAACAUUACUGCAAAGGUUCAAGAGGAUGAUUCGGGCUUCACAGUUACCCUUCACUCUGCCGCCGUGGCUCCUUUCGUCUGGCUUGACCUGGGAAACAUCCCUGGAUGCUUUAGCUCUAACGGCUUUCUAAUGGUUACAAGAAAUGCAACCAUCACUUUUGAUGCCUGGUGUCCCACAAGUGUAGCAGAACUGUCCAGAUCCCUCACAGUCACAACUUUAAUGGACGUAUACUGAUCUGAGACCUGACGGUUGAGGUGGAUAUUUCUAGGUAACCGAUGGCCCAAUGGACUCUAGCUCAGUUUUGUCCUUAGUUUCCAAGUGUUCGUCUAAAAUGUGGCACACUUGUGGGACUUUUGAAUGUGUUUUGAUAAAUUGAUCUUGUUUUUGUUUCCUAAAACCAGUGAAACAACGAAUGUAAAAUUAUGAGUUUUACAGUAUGUUUGCUGGAUUCGCUGCUAUUGAAACAGAGAAUUUGGACAGCAGAGCAUCUCAGGGAUGUGGAACUUUUACUGUAGCAUUCAUAUGCUCUGAACUUGUCAGUAGUGCACAAUGACUUUUUUUUUUUGGACAUUUGAUCCUAUUGCAGACUCUGAUGCUUCUCAUCAGGGAUGUUUUGUGCCACAGACGUUUGAUGCUUAAAUUUAGAGAGCAUUGAUGCUUUUUCCUGAUGUUUUCACAAUAAAAAUCUCUCCAUUUA